UUACUCAAGAUGCAGAUCUUUGUGAAAACCCUGACUGGCAAAUCAGUUACCCUUGAGGUGGAGCCCACCGACACCACUGAGAAUGUCAAGGCCAAAAUCCAGGAUAAGGAAGGCAUCCCUCCAGACCAGCAGCGUCUCAUAUUUGCCGGCAAGCAACUGGAAGAUGGUCGCACCCUUUCCGACUACAAUAUCCAGAAGGAGUCAACCCUCCAUCUUGUGCUCCGCUUAAGAGGAGGAAUGCAGAUCUUUGUGAAGACCCUCACUGGCAAGACCAUCACCCUGGAGGUGGAGUCCAGUGACACCGUUGAAAACAUCAAGGCCAAAAUCCAGGAUAAGGAAGGCAUCCCUCCAGACCAGCAGCGUCUCAUCUUUGCCGGCAAGCAACUAGAAGAUGGUCGCACCCUGUCCGACUACAACAUCCAGAAGGAGUCAACCCUCCAUCUUGUGCUUCGCUUAAGAGGAGGAAUGCAGAUCUUUGUGAAGACCCUCACUGGCAAGACCAUCACCCUGGAGGUGGAGUCCAGUGACACCGUUGAAAACAUCAAGGCCAAAAUCCAAGAUAAGGAAGGCAUCCCUCCAGACCAACAGCGACUCAUCUUUGCUGGAAAGCAACUAGAAGAUGGUCGCACCCUGUCCGACUACAACAUCCAGAAGGAGUCAACGCUCCAUCUUGUGCUGCGCUUAAGAGGAGGAAUGCAGAUCUUUGUGAAGACCCUGACUGGAAAGACUAUCACAUUGGAGGUGGAGUCCAGUGACACCAUUGAAAACAUCAAGGCCAAAAUCCAAGAUAAGGAAGGCAUCCCUCCAGACCAGCAGCGGCUCAUCUUUGCCGGCAAGCAACUAGAAGAUGGUCGCACCCUGUCCGACUACAACAUCCAGAAGGAGUCAACCCUCCAUCUUGUGCUCCGAUUAAGAGGAGGAAUGCAGAUCUUUGUGAAGACCCUGACUGGAAAGACUAUCACUCUGGAGGUAGAGCCCAGUGACACCAUUGACAACGUGAAAGCCAAAAUCCAGGAUAAAGAAGGCAUCCCUCCAGACCAGCAACGACUCAUCUUUGCUGGCAAGCAGCUGGAAGAUGGCCGCACCCUGUCCGACUACAACAUCCAGAAGGAGUCAACCCUCCAUCUUGUGCUUCGCUUAAGAGGAGGAAUGCAGAUCUUUGUGAAGACCCUCACUGGCAAGACCAUCACAUUGGAGGUGGAGUCUAGUGACACCAUUGAAAACAUCAAGGCCAAAAUCCAGGAUAAGGAAGGCAUCCCUCCAGACCAGCAGCGUCUCAUCUUUGCCGGCAAGCAGUUGGAAGAUGGCCGCACCCUGUCCGACUACAACAUCCAGAAAGAGUCAACCCUCCAUCUUGUGCUCCGCUUAAGAGGAGGAAUGCAGAUCUUUGUGAAGACCCUGACUGGCUGA